GUCCGUGCCUCACAUCAUAGUAAUCUUAAUGUAAUAAGAUAUAUUAAUAACGAUAGCCAGGACAGGUGUCAAAUGGCAGAUAACAUAUGGCUAUACAUAUAAUAGAUCGUGAUUCCGUGUAGAAACCAAUACAUCGAACAUGGAACUGCUUCAAGUUCUCACCGUACUUGUUUCAGUGUGUUUUGUCAAAGGCUGGCUGUUCGGAGAUGGAGGAGGAGGACCUAUGUUUGGUCCAGGAGGUCACAUGUGUAUACCUAUAAGUAGAUACUGCAGCCUCCAAUGUCAAACAUACGAAAAGGACGGCAGUGGGUGUAAUGUUUGUCAUUGUAAGGGCGAUGGAGCCACUGCAGUGUUAACAGGACCAGACCACGGGACUGCUUACCACACCAUACACAAUCCAUGUAUACCUACACAGUCCAAUUGUCCUCUAAAAUGUGAGCAAUUUGUCAUAGGUGGCAGCGGAUGUGAGUUCUGCAUGUGUGCUAAGGUGCACCAUGACGCAAGUACUACACAAGCCCCUAUAACAACAAUGCAAGCACAGACAACCACAGACCUGCCUACGACACAAACACCAGCACCUACAACCAUGGGUACUACAGUUAGUCAAGACUGUAGCAUAGCCAGACAGAUAUGUAGUGCUAAAUGUAACGGCAAAUAUCUGGUAGAUCCCUCUGAUUGUACCUUCUGCAUAUGCAAGAGUGAGAUUCACAACAGGCUUGGGAGAUAGAAUAACAGCUGUUACAGACUUUGGCCAAAGAAGCAGAAUUUGAAAUUAAAAACCUUUUCUCAUAA